UUUUUUUUUUUUUUUUUUUUUUUUUUUUUUUUUUUGAAGAAUAAGCUAUUUGAAUUUGGUUCCUGUGUGAAUGGGGCGAGAACAUGAUAUGGAAUAUUAGUAAAGUAAUGUUAUAUUUUCUGUGUGAUAUCGUAGGGAUGUAGCUUAUACCCUUUGCAUGAAUAUAGUUCUGCCCUUGUUGUCGAAAAUUGGAAUUGAAGAUUUAAUGAAGUUAAAAAUAUACCUGUCUGAAUGAAAAGUAACAAUUUUCGUAAUCCUAAUUGUGAGACACGCCACUUCUAUAUGUGAUUAUUUGAGUUAAAUUGAAAUAAAAGAAGUUGUUUUUUCCAAAAUUCUGACUCCUCAUGUUGAGUUUGUGUACCAUUGCUAAUUCAAGUUUAAUAUGAUAACUCCUUCAAUAGGCGAAAAUUCAAAUGCGGAAAGUCAAAUUUCUCAUGUGGCUGUAAAACCUUCACCUUUUUGGGAAAACAAUCCAAAUCUAUGGUUUCUUCGUUUAGAAGCUCAAUUUGCUUUAGCUCAUGUUACCGCGGACGAAACAAAAUUCAAUUAUGUUGUGGCAGCUAUAGACUCGGAUAUUUUAAGUUCUGUUAGUAAUAUAAUUGUAAGACCACCAGAUACCAAUAGAUAUGACACCUUAAAAAAACGGUUAAUUGACUUGCAUUCGGAAAGUGAAUUUUCAAAAAUAAGAACUCUAUUACAAGGAUUAGAACUGGGGGAUCAGCGCCCGUCACAAUUGCUUAUGCGUAUGCGCACUCUUGGUGGCGAUUCAGUAGGCGAGCCUUUAUUGAAAUCCCUUUGGUUUGGAAGAUUGCCUAGCGGUACACAAUCAAUAUUGGCAGCUUUAAAUGAGGAUUUGACACAACUUACAUCUAUUGCUGAUAAAAUUCAUGAUUUAACGCCACAAGCAUCAAUUAGUGCCGCGCAUGUGUCCUUGGCUCCACAGAAUAUUGCAUUUCAAGUGCAAAUUGUUUAG